GCGUCAACGACGAUGUGAACAGGCAGGCGAAAAGUGGUUGAUCGCGAAUAACGUCGUCGGGCACACGGUUUGCAAGUCGAAUGAGGAGGACGGAGAGAGUAUGCGAACUGCAGUCGGAAGGCGGGGGAGGACAGCGGCGCGCUGCAGAAAGUGAUGAUAUUGGCAAAUAAAGGCAAGCAGAGGGAAAGCUUGGCAGGAGGAAGUAUGUCGCGUGUCGCGGAGCAGCGUUGCAAUGUGCCGUGUUGUGUCGCGAACCGUUUGCUGCUUGUCGUGGCUGCUACUUCUGUUGGGUUUUGCGAUGCAAUGCGCCGAGUGUUCAGGUUGUGUCGAGAUGCGGUUACCACACGAGACCAGGUUCUAAGUGGUGCUGGAGAGAGUCGCGGGCGGUAUGAACCUCCAACUAAUACUGCCGUUCCUCUGCGGGUACCAGGGUGGCGCGGGAGCUUUCAAUGGGGAAAGCUGGUGGGCGGCGCAGCAGGGGAGGGGGUCCUAGAUGUAAGCGCACCGUCGCGAAUUGUUGACUUGAGAGGGGGAGGAUUGAUCUCGAGUCGACACAAUGCUUUAUGAUGAAGAGGUAGAUAGGAAAAGGGACCAGGACAGACAGGCCCGAUGAGUAGAGUAGAGAGGGUGGAGCGAGCAGAGAGUUGUGGAGAGUCCCGAAGUGGAGAGAGCCUCAGAACGAGAGGGACCUGGACAAGAACGCAGAGAUCCGAAUGGAACACUGAGAGGAGUGAUGUGAUCUUCUGAUCAGGGGACUUAGACCAGGAGUGGAAGACUGGACUGGCUGAGGGGUAGGCGAGGCAGGAGACUCUGUCCCUAGUUCAUUUGCCAGCCAAACCUGGAGAACGAUGCGUUAGCGAAAGCCCUAGAGCAAGGUACCGAUACAUUUGGCGAGGUGACGAGCCAGCCCAGAGCUUGCUUGCGGAAAGCUUG